CCACCACCACCACCACCACCCCAAGACCCCCUCUCGAGAACGGGGCUGGCGCCAGAUAAUGCCGUGGCCUGAACAUCAGAUUCCGAGACGUCCGCGACCGCGAUAGGACCCCCCUUCGCACUCGACUUUCGUGGCCUCUCCUAUGGCACCGGCAUCCAUCGUCUUGUCCAGCGCAUCAAAUGGCAACAGCCGAUUCCACAGGCGACUUCCCCACCCGGGGGCCCGUGGUCAUGGGCGUGUCGGCGGCGACGCUGGCCUUGUGCUCAGUGUUCGUCGGGCUUCGCCUAGUCUCGAGGUUUUUCGUGGUUAGAAGGCCUGGAUGGGACGACUACAUAAUGAUCGUCGCAUGGGUCAUUGCUUUUGGUGCGUCCUUCUCCAUUUGCUUUGGCACGACCAAAGGCCUCGGUCGUAGGCAAAAAAAUAUACCGCAAGAGUGGCAGGAGCCGAUGAAGAAGUCGUCCUACGUCUUCUCGGUGCUAUACAAUCCCGCUCUGAUGGCAACCAAGACGUCUAUCCUAUUGUUUUACCUGACACUCUCCAAAACCCACAAAGUGUUUCGAUGGGCUACCAUUGCCACCCUUGUAGUUGUCAACGUUGGUGGCCUGGCUCUGACGAUUCUAAACAUUCUCCAAUGCCGUCCGGUCAGCGCGGCAUGGGCUUCGCCGGUUCCCAGUUCAGCGCACUGUACCAACAUCGUCACCAUCUACCUCUCCUCGGCUCCGCUCAACAUCAUCACUGACCUGGCCAUCCUGUUCCUCCCCAUGCCUAUCCUCACGAGCAUGCGGUUGCCCAAAAAGCAGAAGAUGAUCCUGGUCGUCACGUUUGGCUUUGGUAUAUUUGUAGCAGUAGUUGAUGUGGUCCGCAUUGCAUACCUUCAAGAAGCCCAGCGCAACACUCUUGAGGCUGCUCAACAGCAAAGAUCCGAAUCGGGCAACGACCAGAGGAACACGGGUGAUUUCGCAUGGUUUUCUUCCUUUUCCUCCAUGUGGAGCGCUGUCGAGGUCAAUCUAGGAAUCAUGUGUGGCUGCGUUCCAGCUUUGAAACCACUCGUAAGGAGAUUUCUGCCUGGCUGGGUCAUCGAUCACACUAUUCGCGAUACCACGACGCAUACGAGUGAUGAGCUCGUCUUCCAUCCCGACAUUAUCGAUUCUCGCAGGCGCUCGGACCCAUUGACGCCUCCCAUAUCCCCGUUCAGCAAACCUCCUACAGCCCGCAGGAGUGCCAGUGACGAACCAAUACCCAUGAUGGAUUUCCUGACGACACCUGAUAUGACCGAGUUGCCCCGACUAGCAGCGUCAAAUACGAAUGCCACGUCUGCCCACACUCAACGCCAACAGGUGACUUUCUUCGACUUUGUCAACACCGGACAGAAAAAGAACAUUACCUUGCGAAGCAACCGAGAGUCUGUGUACCCUGUAAUCAUGGUGACGAUACUUUUUGCAGUUUGGGGUUUCGCCUAUGGGUUUCUGGAUGUUCUGAAUUCGCGGUUUCAAGAAGUCGCCCGUACCAGUGAUUGGGAGACGGUGGGCCAGCAUUCUGCCUAUUACGUCGGCUAUCUAGUCGGGCCACUGACUUUUGGGCGCCUUGUCUUCAAGGCGUAUGGAUUCAAGGCUUGCUACAUGGUUGGUUUAUCCGUCUACGCUUGUGGGACCCUCGUCUUCUGGCCCUCGGCAGUACUGAAUUCUUUUCCCGCGUUUCUCAUUUCAAACUUCAUCACUGGCGCAGGACUCUCGACGCUCGAACUCAGCGCAAACCCUUUUAUAGCGCUUUGCGGGCCACCAGAGUAUGCCGAGGCACGAUUGAACUUGUCACAGGCUGUACAAGCUGUGGGCACCAUCAUCUCUCCGCUGUUGGCAAAAAAGGUCUUGUUUCCCGCCAACGCAGCGAGCCUCAUCGACGUCCAGUGGACGUAUCUCGGCAUCUCGUUCUUCAACAUUGUCCUCGCUAUUGUUUACUUUUACGUGCCGCUCCCAGAGGCCACAGAUGAACAGCUCGAAGCCGCUAGCGAGCGCACUGUACCCUGCGCACGCGAAGCUACAGUCAAUCUUGGAUCCCGGCCCGUCAGGAUUCUCUGGAUAAGCCUGGGCAUGGCCGUGUUCUCGCAGUUCUGCUACGUCGGGGGCCAGGAGUCGACGGCUACUUCGUAUGCAGAAUACCUCCGUCAUAUCAUACCGAGGGUAGACACUGUCUCCCAUCAAGCCAUUGGCCACACAGCCUUCGCCGCAUCGCGCUUCCUUGCUGCCAUCAUCGAUAUUUGGGUGAAACCGCGCUACAGUCUCCUCGUCUUUUACCUGGGCGCCAUUGCCUUUGGCGCCGCCGCAAUCCAUGCGACGGGCGCGACGGGCGCCGCCAUGAUCGCCAUGGUCAUGUUCUUCGAAGGCCCUAUUUUCCCGCAAAUCUUCGCCCAAGGCAUCCGCGGCAUGGGCAAACACACCAAAGACGCAUCCGCACUCCUCACCUCUGCUAUUGGCGGUGGCGCCGUCUUUCCUCCCAUCAUGUUCGCAACUCUAAAAGUAUACAGCCCCAAACUGGCCUUUUGCGUCAUCGUCUCCGCAUACGUAGCUGGCACCCUGUAUCCAAUCUACCUCAACGCGAUCCCCGCCGCCCGCGCCCUAUCCGAUCCCGUGCGCGACGAGCAGACGAGGCGCGAGAGCGAGGCCGAGGAAAAAGAGAGGAAGAGGAGGAAGAACAAUCGGCAGGGCUCUUCUUCUUCUUUCAACAUGAGCUUCGCGAACUUGGCGCCCUGGCGCAAAGCCAAGAAGAGGCUUAGUCUGACAAAGACUUAUGGGAAACCCCCGGAUUCACCUCCGGUAGAGCAUAGAGAGCGUAGAAGUUGGCCCGAGGGUCUUGCGCCUCGAAGCGAUAGCUUGGCCAUUGAGCCAGUGAUUUCGCGCAGUUUGACGGGUAGUAGUAGUUGUUUGACUGGGAGGUGAUGUCUCUCUUUUUUUUUCUUGGUUCAUUUGCGCUUUCCUUAUUUAUCAGACUUUUCUUUUUCUCUAUCUCUUUUCUGAAUCAGGGCUGGGUUGGGUCAUGGGAUGGUUAUUUGUUUGCCUUUACUACGCACGAUACCACGGGUUUUUUCUUUGUACAUAUACAUUGCAUUUCCUCGGCGUCUUUCUUUUCUUCGAUUUUUCUUUGCUGUUUCGCCUUGUAAGAUACCCACGGUAGGCGGCAAUAGUAGUAGCGGCAGUAUUAGUACUAGUGGUGGAGGCGGGCGUAAAGGGAGGAAACGGGAACGGAAACAGAGAGAAGAGGCGGGGAAAAGAGGACGAGAAAAGCGGGUGGCGUACUCGUGAUUCUCUCCCUCCACCCCACGCAUAUACAUACAAUUAGAGUUAUCCUAGUCUACAUCUAUACACGCAUGUAGCUUAGGUCGAUUGACC